CUUGAUUAGGGUGAUAGUGCUUCCACCGUCCAUCGAAUUUACUGCUUACUAAACAUUACCAUCUGCGAGUCUCUGAUCAUGGCAGUUGUCGAAAGUCAGAUGGCUUACCUAGAGCCAUGGCUCGACAAACCCGAAGGGCCGUAUGUUCGUGGCAAAGUUGAAGAAUCGUUUCCACGCCAGAACUUCGCGAAUGUUGAUUACAAGGUCAAAGUUCAUGAUGCCAGGGCGAGGAAAGACGAGUUCAAUCUUGACACACACGGGUUUGCUUUUCAUGAUGAUGAGCCUCUUAGCGAUGAAAUCGUGGAAGCAAUUCGGACUAGAAGUAAACUGUUCGUAGAACAGCAGUAUUACCCUCUCGUCGCCAAACUUGUUAAGAAGAAGACUGGAGCUAAUCGUGUGGUCAUAUUCGAUCAUACCUACCGGAAGCGCGACCCAUCACUGGCUGCGAACGAGAACCCAAACGGGAGAGAGCAGCCAGCCACCUUGGUACACUGCGAUCAGUCGGCCAUCGGCGCAGUCGGGAGAGUCAAGCGCCAUGUUCCAGGAGACACUGAAGAGUUAUUGAAAGGACGAGCACAAGUUAUCAAUGUCUGGCGCCCAAUUCAUGGUAUAGUCGAAGAUUGGCCACUUGCUCUGAUGGACUAUCGUAGCCUCAAGGCUUCCGAUAUACACCCCACAAGCAUAUUUAGGGAGCGCCACGAGAUGCAGGGUCAGACUGUAUCUAUCAAUUAUUCGCCUGACCAGCAAUGGCACUACCUCGACCGACAAAAGACCAGCGAAGUGACAUUUAUCAAGAUUUGGGAUAACAGUGAUGAUGUGGCCAAGCUGUGCGCUCAUUGCGCUUUCCCACAUCCGGACGCAGUACCUGGAGCCCAACCACGGGAAAGUGUUGAGGUUCGUUGCUUAGUUUUCUAUCAGAACAAUAGCGAUCUAGUUUGAGUGGUCAUAUUAGUAUAACUUGUGGACAUAUCAAGUUCAGGAGGCAAUUGUCUGCCAAACAGAGGUAUAGUUAUUU